GAGCGACGCAGCCGACACGAGGGAAACUGACUGGCGCAUACUUGCGCUUGUCGCUUAUGAAUUUGGGAGACUGUGUCUUUUUUCCCUAAAGGGCAUCUAACAAGUUUGCCGGAUUGAUUUACCCGGCCAACUCCGAGUAACUUUCAGUGCUUCAUCAAACGCGGACCUCCAAUCUCGGGGGAUCUUACCCCACUGCCUCUGCGAAUAGCAUAAAUGAUGGAAUUUGGGGCUUGUCGAGCCAGCCUAGCCAUUUGCAGCCAUUCUCCCAUCGAUCCCCUAAAACAUAGAUAGAACCCGGCUGACAAGAGGCUCAGAUGACCUCGUGAUCUCGCAAACAAGCAACCUCCAGCGCUUGGGCGAGAGUCAACAUGGCACCGUCUCCAGCGAACCAGCCGGGCCUGCUAUGGCGGCAACUGCCCAAGCUGCUCCGCGCGAGGAGGCUGGUCCUGCUCGCCUUCGCCGUCUUCGCCUACCUCGUCUUGUCGCAGCGGCCCCGGGCGCAAUGGAGGCCGCCGAGUUCCGGAGCCGCCGCGACGAGGUCUGGCGACCUGGCCGCCGUCGCGAACGACACGCUUGGGUUUGACAAAGUUUUCGCCAUCAACCGGCCGUCCAGGUCCGACCGGCGCGACUCGCUGUCCCUGGCCGCGGCGCUGACGGGCGUCCGGCUCAGCUACAGCGACGGCAUCGACGGCUCCGAGGUCGAGGAGCGCGUGUUGCCUGCGGACAGCGAGGGCAAGCGCAUCCGCAAGGGGAACGUAGGCUCUUGGAGGGCACAUAUGAACGUGCUUCGGACCAUAGUCGAGGAGGGCCUCGAGACGGCCCUCAUUCUCGAAGACGACAUCGACUGGGACGUGCGGCUCAAAUCGCAGCUGCAAACCUUCUCGCUCGCGUCCCAAGCCUUCCUCCAGCCCCUUGACGGACACUCACACGGACGCUCGUUGUCCGCUCUCCUCCGCGAUGAAGGCGACGCCACUACCACACUGCCACGGAUCCCCCAGCUACCGCACCAGCCCCAGGGGAGCCCGUACGGCACCGGCUGGGACGUGCUGUGGCUGGGACACUGCGGCACCGAGCUCCCUAUCCACGAAGGGGAGGAAGACGCAAAGAACCCGCACCGAGACGCAGACGCAGACGCGCCGCCGCCGCCGCCACCCGCACAGAAGAAACCACUCGGCGGCGUCGUCGUCACGAUCCGGGACGACGAGACGGUGCCAGCGCCGCGGCACCUCCGGCCGCACCCGUUCGCGGACCGGCCGGACCGGCUCGCGACGGCGCACCCGCCGCGGACGCGGGCCGUGCACGCGUCGCGGGCCACGACGUGCUCGCUCGGCUACGCCGUGUCGCGCGCGGGCGCCCGGAGGCUGCUCUGGCGGCUCGGCGUCGACACCUUGACGGCGGGCUUCGACCUGAUGCUGCGUGACCUGUGCGACGGCCGCUACCACGGGGACGGGGAAGGCGGGGUGGAGGGCGGCGGGCGCGAGGCGGGGCAGUGGCGUGGGCGCGGUCGGCCGGUCUGCGUGACGGUGCAGCCGCCGCUCUUUAGCCACUUCUCCUCGGGAAGGGGGGACGCGGGGUCGGAUAUCCAGGGGGUUGGCGGCGGUUACAUGCAACGCUCUGGCUCGCAGUACAUCCGCCUCAGCGUGAAGCAGAAUCUCGGGCGGCUUGUGGAAGGCGCCUCGGUCGAGGAGCUGGUGGACCAGUGGCCUGACGAUAGGCUCUAA